UUGUGAUGUCUUGCCUCUAAGCGGCAUGCGCUCAUGAUUCUAGCUGCCCACAGCCUCUGAGGGCUGCCCUCCUUCCAGCCUGAUUCGGCUUUGCUCACUGUGUCCCAGGACUGUGCACACGACUUACCCUUUAGCAUAGCCUGCAAAUUGCACAGUGUCCAGUCUCUUCCUGUUGCACUUUGAAUAAAUUCUUAACUCAGUCUGUGCUCAGCAAGACCCACAGGCCAGGUCCUUGCCUUACCUCUUCGGAGCCAUCCUUACCACACCAAGGGCUAUUUCUCCAGCCAGGAGGGCCUUUGACUCUUAUCUGCAACAGCCAUCUCAAGGGAUAUAGCUCAGCAGCAUAAGCACCUGUGGCAAAUGCAAGGUCCUGAGUUCAGUCUCUGGCACUGCAAAAAAUCUCUUUGUUGCUUGUGUCCAGUAGGCUGCACUCUCAGUGCUCUUGGUUCUCAGGUCCUGCAUCUCCAGUAUGGCAUGUAUGUCUGGCCUUGUGCGGCGGUCCUGGCCCAGUACCUCUGGUUUCACAGACGAGUUCUGCCAGGCAAAGCUGUAUUAGAGAUUGGAGCUGGAGUGAGCCUUCCAGGAAUCUUGGCUGCAAAAUGUGGUGCUGAAGUGAUACUAUCAGACAGCUCAGAGCUGCCUCACUGUCUAGAAAUCUGCCGGCAAAGCUGCCAGAUGAAUAACGUACCACAAGUGGAUGUUGUAGGGCUCACUUGGGGUCAUGUAGGUCGGGAUCUUCUGGCUAUACCACCACAAGAUAUAAUUCUUGCAUCUGAUGUGUUCUUUGAACCGGAAGAUUUUGAAGACAUUUUAAGUACAGUGUACUUUUUGAUGCAGAAGAACCCCAAGGUUCAGCUGUGGUCUACCUAUCAGGUUAGAAGUGCUGACUGGUCACUGGAAGCGCUGCUCUACAAGUGGGAUAUGACCUGUGUCCAUAUUCCUCUGGAGUCCUUUGAUGCAGAUAAGGAAGAUAUAGCAGAGUCUACACUUCCAGGAAGACAUACAGUUGAAAUGCUAGUCAUCUCCUUUGGAAAGACUCUCUGAAUUAUGUAUGCCUCUAAGGGAUUACCAGACAAUGCCAGAACCCGACCACUUCAGCUUCAAAUGAGCCUGCAGAUGGACAGAUGUGUUGGUCUUGGACUGUCACCUAGAAACAUUAAUGGGCUAACAUUAACUAUGGUGAACAAUUAAAGCACAAUGUGUAAGGACUUGGA